CGUUGGUGUGUCAGAUACCAUAGCUGGCACUACAGCAGACAUAACCAUGACUCAUAAUAGUGUAAGAAAUUUCUCCAACAAUGUGCUCACUACUGGGAAACCAAAACAAUUAAGUCUAAAUUUGACUGGGCGGCUUACUAGGAGAAUCAUAUCUGGUAGCAUUGUUGGUGAUACUAGACCUUAUAUGGUGUACCUAAGAGCGGCACCGUUGAAGAAUUCUCGCAGUGACAUUGACGAAGAGCAUUGGCUAUGUGGCGGAGUAAUCAUACACGAAAGAUACGUUCUCACAUCGGCGGCGUGCAUUGAAAAUGCUUUGCACUUUUAUGUCGUAUCUGGAACGCAUAAAUGGUGGCGAGGUAGCGUUCGCAACAAUGAGUGUAUCAAUAACGGAGCCAAAAAGGCUAUUUGGAAAUGUGUGCCCAAUAGCUAUGUUUUUGACGGAUCUGAGUUCGAUAAUAUCCGCUGGAUGGUCAACGAUAUUGCAGUUGUCAAAGUAGAGGACGACUUCAACUUUGAGAAGCGAAUAAAAGGAUGCGACUUCGUGCCACAAAAGGUGGCAUACAACAAUGUAACAAUUGAACACGAGAAACCGAACACCAUAGGAUCGAUUGCUGGUUGGGGCAGCACCGGGUUCUUCAGUGAUUUAGCUAAAAUGGAGAAGGCCACGCCUACUCCAGCUACAAAUAACGAAGAUUCAAAGGGUCCUAAUCCGCGCAGAGAAGGCCUAGAAGCAGGAAUUGAGCCGAUUGCAAAAUCCAACGCCCGAGCCGGUUAUGAAGGUUUCCUAUAUGCAAAAAUACCUCUAAAUUCUCCUGAUUUACUGGAAACAGAAGUAAUUAUAAUCUCGAAGAAAGUUUGCAAAAGACGAUGGCCGCAAAGGUACCACUAUAUCAUUGACAGGCAUGCGAUUUGUGGCAAAGACAGUACUGACGCUGAAUCUGUGAACAAGGCUUGCUCUGAACACGAAGUAAAUUGCAAAGAGCUGGUGUACUCACAAGAGGAGGAUGAAGAAGAUGAAAGGAGAUCAGGUAAAUACUACCUCAGUCGAAGAAAUUUAAUAACAGCUGGAAAGAAGUCCGGUGGAUUUUGUGAGAACGACCAUGGAGGACCACUAAUCGUGGGUUACGGAAAGACGUCGCUUGUAAUUGGAGUGAUCUCAGCGUGUCUUACAUCGGAAAUAACCAACAAGUGCCAUGGGCCAUUCCUUUAUACUAGCGUGUUUAACAACCGACAUCUGAUUGGUUGUGCUAUUGAUAAAGAAAUGGGAGCAACUUGCAAGAAGCUGUUGAGAAGUUCGCAAACGCGUAUGACCAACUUUGUUUGGACGAAUCAUCCUCAUGGGCCAGCAAAAUCAGAACGUGCAGAAGACUUCGAAGACGAUGACGACGAUGCACGUAAGCGAGUCGAAAAUAUACCGGCAUCGAACGAAAACAUCGAAGUGACAUUCCGUGGCAUGGAAGCGAAGCUGAACCAAGACCGUACUGCAGAUGCCGUAGCUACUCAGCCCCAAAGCCCGGUCCAGCAUAUAGACAACAUCGGUAUCACUACAGACUCAGAAACGAUUGUUGAUGAAUUAAAUUUACCUGCUUUACGCGAUGACGACUCGUAACAAAAAGUACUUCAUUAAACAAAAAUUGUUUGUAUGUCGUAACAGCAUUUCACUUAUUGUUAUAAAACAUACUAUUUAGUUUAUAAGCGAUUAGUAAAUUAAUGAAAAUAAUAAUAUACCAACAAAAUAUGUGUUAAGAUUAAUUGUUUAAACAAUAUACAUACAUAUACUUCACGCCUUUUUCCCAUCGGGGUAGGCAGAGACGACAGUUUUCCACUUGUCCACAUCUUUCGCCUCAUGAACACGCG